ACUUUCUAUAAGAAUUUCAAACCGUCCUUCCUACAAGCGAGAACUUCAAACAAGGUAGGAUAGUCACACACAGGAUUAUAGGUAUGAAAAGCAUAAAAAAUUCAGUGUGUAAUACAUUGUACUUAUCACAUGGACUAAACAUGUCUGAUUACGUUGGUUCAUCAGUUGUUUAGAAAAGCUAUGGCUCCUCCAUUGUAUAGUUCAAAAUUCAAGAAUUGGAUCAAAGCUGGAUUAGGUGUUCUAUAUACUAAAGAAGGCAUUGAGCCUUUUGUUUAUGAUGAAAUAAAACAGUUCCAACAGCAAUGUUUGAGCGACAUUUGCAGCAACAAUGGACUUGUUGCUGGUACCAUAUGUUCUAGCUGUUGUACAGAAAAUGUUAUUGUUUGUCCUACGAAAAGAAUUUGUAAUAAGGUACAUGGGGAAUGCGACUUCCAUAGAAAUUCUGCUACGCAAUAUCUCCAAUCUGGCUGCCCUAACAAGAUAUGUCAUAAUUUCAAAAAAGAAAUCCAGAAUUCUCAUCGUUUCUAUCGUCCAUCUUAUAAAAACACCGAUUCCAGCCAGUGGUGCAGGAAUCCAUGGGAAGUUGCUAAAUGUUUCAUGCCUCCAGACGGUUAUAAGGAAGUUACCAGUGUAGCAGAGACGGAUUUCAAUGGAAUCGUCAGUGUGAUUAUCAACAAUAAAGUAUUUCAGUCCAAAGUUAAAGACGACCUUUCCGGGAAAUCCAACAUCUUUGAACAGGGUAGAGAGGUAGGCAAAGCAGUUCGACAUUCCGCAAAGCUAGAGAUAGAAGAUACAGAUCUACAGCAGUAUUUUAGUAUCUUGCUGAAUUUGCUAUCAGAUCCUGCACAUUUGUCUUCUAAUACAGCUGCACAGAAUGCUAAAACGAAACUAUUACAGCUUCAAAACGAUACUCUGGUCAUAGGUAAAGAUGAUAUCCGAAACGUGCUGGAUGGUGUUGCUAAGGAAGUUCAAGGUAAAAUAAGGACUGAAAUAGAUGAACAAAAGACGGAAGCCAAGAACACAAAAUCAGAACUAUUCAGUAUCAAAAACGAGUCUGUUGAGGCUAUUAACAACAAAAAAACUUUAUCAAUUGCUCAUCUAGACAAAGCAUUAGAGUCUGCAAUUAAUGAUUUAGAAAAGCAAACUAAGGAAUCGCUAGAAAAAGUACUGGAUAUUGGAAAGGAACAGAUAGGAGAGUGUGCUGAUAAAGGGGUUAGCAUGUUAGAAGUCAGAGCCGAAGAUGGAGUAAAACAGAUAGAAAAAGCUGUUGAUAAAGGGAUAGACGAGUUGGAAGUUGGAGUGGCAAAGAUUUCUGCAAAAGCUGAAGAAGCACUAAAGCAGAUUGCGGAAUCAGCACCAGCGAACAAAGAAGGAACGCCAACAGCAGUAGAAGAUGAGACGCCAAAUUUAUUUCAAAGAAUAUAUAGAUGGUUUACAUACCCGAAACGAACGGAAGAAACGCCGAAAGCAGUAGAUGAGCCGCCAAAUUUAUUUCAAAGAAUAUAUGGAUGGUUUACAUACCCGAAACGAAAGGAAGAACUGAAGGACGAUUUGAUAGAUCUCUACAGGGAAAGGCACCAUACCCUACCGAUGUCACCUUUAAUGGAGGAAAAUGACACGCCCCUCCUUAAGUUUUACGUCAUGCCAGACAUAGAGUCAGUGGAAAUUGAGAGGGCGCGUGGAGGUGGCAAAGAAAUUAGAUCAAAGGUUACGUCAUUGCACGAUGUUUUCUACAAGGAAAAAGAACCAUGUCGCAAAAUUUACCUUGCUGCGGAUGCUGGGUUUGGGAAAACAGCAUUAAGUAAACGGCUCGUUUUAACGUGGUGUCAAGCCAAAAACUGUAUCCCAAACGAAGAUGAACAUUUUAAGAAGAAAGACAUAAGUACAAUGUCGAAUUUUGACUUUGUGUUUUUGUUGUCUUUACGUGAUUGUUCCGAAGAAUGGGACAUUGAUGAGAUGAUCAAAAAACAAAUAACUAAUGAUCUAGCACACAUUAUUUCAAAUAGUGAUUUUGAAAACAUUCUUUCUAAGGAAAGGUGCCUGAUAAUAUUGGAUGGAUUGGACGAAUUCACACACGCAAAAAGUGACAUUCCACACAGGAAAGCUAGGAGGAAAUGUACAAUUCUCACAACAACUAGACCGUGGAAGUUGGGCGUUAGUAAGAUACGUGCAAGUGAAAUAGAACGAAAGUUGGAACUUAUUGGACUUAGUAAAACGUCUGCUAAAAGUUUAAAAAGGACUGUGAUCUCACUGUUAUGUGGCAAAACUGAUAUAGAAAAACAUAUUCAAGAGUUUGAUCGCGCUAUCAGUGAUAGGGGUAUUUCGGAUUUGGAAACUAUUCCGCUCUUACUGAUGUAUCUUUUGUGUUUAUGGUGUGAUGGAAUAGAGCUAGGAGCAUCUAGAACUGAGUUAUAUUGUCAGACUAUUGAACUGCUUCUUAAACGAACGUUUGAAAAAUAUCCCGACAUGCAACAGUCGCGCGAACAGUCCCAGAGUGAUAUCCCACAGUGUUUCAGUGAACAUGAACAUUGUAAGGAACACUACACAUUUCUGCAAGCUUUAGGACAAUUAGCAUUCGAAACGUUAUUCAGUGAAAACAAAGAAAGCACCCUUGUGUUUAGCCAGUCAGUGACAGAGAAACAUCUAACCCCAGAGUAUUUGAAAUUAAGUCUUAACUCGGGAAUGUUAACACAAAGUACAGAAAAGACACUAACAAAACAAAUCUCGAAAUUUUCGUUUUCGCACAAAACAGUGCACGAAUUUUUUUGUGCACUGUACAUUAGCUGUCAAAAUGAAAGUGAUGUCAAAAACAUUGUUCUAAACAAAUGCAAAAGUUUGCAAAGUAUUCUGGACAUGUCGACAGUGCUUGUUUUCAUCAGCGGAAUGAAUACAAAAAUCAUUUCUUCAAUAUCACAGGAAUUUCUUUCUGUUAUCAGUGAAGAUAAGAUAACGAGCGAAUACAGAUCCACGACUGCUAGGAACUGUGAACCUCUGAAAGACAUACAAGACAUGUACAUUUCUUGUAUGAAAGAAAACACGAGCGAUAAGGAACUCAAACUUUUCUGUCAAGAUUUUUUCUUUAGUGAAGAUUGUAAAGAAGAAAAAUACUUUACAUAUUUAGCACGGCUCGCGGUACAAAAUAAAAACAACAUGGCGUCAAUAAAUAUCGACACAGAAGACAGUGGUCGUAGUUUACGUGAAAUUAUUGAUUGUUGUGAAUUGCACGAACUGUUCCAGAUCAAUAAAAUAUACUACAACGGUAAAGUAGAAAACGCACAGCUUCCUGUACUGUUGGACAAGUCGCCGAAAUGUGUCACUGUUAUAUCGCCUUUCGGAUCUCGUGGUUCUUGGAGCCGUGAAAUGUUGGAAACAUUACAGAAUAAUUCUCUGUUACAAGCAAUUUAUAUCUACUGGUUCAAGAUGAGCCACGAUGUACUGAAUGACUUUCUGAAUUAUAUUAUAAACAGAAAAACAAUGACGGAGAUUAGAUUGGGGUGGUUAGACUGUACCGAGCACUGGCCUUCGUGUACUUUCAGUUUAGAUUUUAGUCAGCAUUCAGAUCUAAGGAAGUUAGAAUUGUGCUGGAUACCUGAAGUGUCACAAUUGAAAGUUAAUAGUAAAGUGAAACACGUGCAGUUGGGGGGUAUCAAUCUAGGUGAAAUGUCGCUGCCUCCAGAAAUGGCGAAUAUUGAAAGAGUUUAUUUGUAUAAUGUAAACAUGUCUGCUUCAACAUUGCGUGAUCUCGUUAAGGUAGUGGAGAAACUUUCACACAAAGUCACAGUAACAAUAGAGACCAGUGUAAGAUAGAACCGGAAACAGAGUUUGAACACGUUAAACAAUAUAUACACUCAUCUCAGAAUUUCCGAGUUAUACCGCAGGAUUAUAGCUGGAAGUUUGUGUUUGAAACAAAAGGUGAAAGUUAAGUUACUAAAUAAACUCAGACAUAUAGUGUCAAUGUAUAUAAACAUUAUUCAUAAAACACAUAUUACACCUUUACACACAGACAUAUAACAUUUUUGUGACAUACAUAUGUGUAGAUAAUUAAAAAUAGUGACAGUCGCGUGUGGAAAAUUAAUUGUUGGAGCCAAUUCGGAGGAAAGGAUGGACAUUCUUACACAUGGAUUAAUAUACAAGUCAGUUUCCUUCAUACUUCAGAUAAAAGAUCAACGCCAACACUUCAAAACUAUAGACGUAUUUCCGGUGGCCAUGCUACGUAUAUAUCGCCAUACGUGGAUUUACAAUUGGCCGCAAAUACUUCUGGACCAAAGAUCUAUACUUCCGGUGACUAGGCUACACACACCAUGAUAUACUUGGCAUCACCUCUUGUUUCCGGCCAUUGGACAAAAAAGCAUUGCAGGACUUUAAUCGUAUUAUACCCAAAAUUCUGUGAGAAAAACUGCUUUCAGUUAUAAAUUUUCGUUACCAGAGACAAAUCAUUCUGAAUUUCUUAUUAGUUAGUAAAGAAAUGUCUGACUUUCACUUUUGUAAACACAUCGCUUUUGAACUUUUUUCUUAUUAUGUGGAAGGCUUUCAAAAAGUCACACGCGCUGUCAUAAGUCUUUUUUUUUCAGAAAGGUUUGAUUUGGCUUCAUUAUAUGCUAAUUGCGAACAAUGGUUUAUUGUUAUUUUAGGAUAAUAGAUUUAAAAUAUCUGGAAAUUGCCGUUUUAUGGCAAAUACAUGUACAACGAAAUUUGCUGUGUUUGACAUACCGCGGCAAAGAUGGAAUUGUUGAAAUAUUAAAUGCAUUUUGCUCUAAGAAACAAAUACUUUGUGGGGCAUAUUUUCAUGUCGUUUUCAAAAUCACUAUUUGUUUGCAUAGUCCGUAGCCAUAUACUACAACAUCUAUUAUUUACAUGGGGAAGUCUUCUAAUUAAAGGACUAUUUCUCUAAUAUGACAUGUACUUUUUGUAGAAAAUUAUUCAUUCCUAGCAGACGACAUUCAUAAUUACAAUAGAAAGAACAUAUUUAUACGAAAACACUGUAGAGUCCGAAGCGGACUUUUCAUCUUUUUGAUAAAAACGUUAAACUGGGAAUCAUUUUGUUUCAUUUUAUUGUGAAAAGUCUUUGAUUAAACAGUAGAUGACAGCUUUCCAAUGUACACAGAGACUACCUGUAUUAAUAAAUCACUUAAUGAACGGAAUGACUAUUUUUAUCUCUACAUGAAAUUUUAUAAAGCCUCACUUAUUUGUACUUAUUAAGCGAAAAGAUUUUGCAAGUCAACAAAAGUUAAAUUACGAAAAAGGGUCCUACGACCUAUAAAACAAAUAUUGCAUGAAACAUAAGUGUAUAAUUGUUAUAUUAUUUGCCCUUCUCAAAUGCAAUCAUUUAUCUGGCCUGUAUUUCUUACAUAUAGGAAAAAGUGAUAUCAGAAGAGUCAUUAUCAUUUUGCGAGUCAAUAUCGCUUUUGCCGACCUGCGCAUGCAUCCCUUUCGACCAAUCAAAUGAACGAAUUUGAGAAGUGUAUAUAAUAUUACAUUUUAUGCAGGUCUUCUUUUUCUAAAGGAAGAAAGUCGUUUCCUUUCUGAAUUAUAGCAGUUACUUUGUGUAUAUACAGUUGAUAGACUAUUGUAGAUAUAUUGUCUGUAUCCCUUAGUUAAUUUGUAUUAUAUAUGAACUGUUUUGAAUUUUACGAGUUAUGUUUAUUGUUUGUUUAUGAAAAGAACACAUGAUAAUAUAUAAAUUAUGUUUUAAAUUAAAUGUAAACAUUGUUACUAGUGACACAUUAUUUGCUCAUCUGAGAGCAUAAAAUGCUCAAAGUGAGCUAUUGUGACCGUCCUGUUUCCGUUCCCGUCUGUUGUCAACAAUUUAGGCACAAUUUCAAUGAAACUUGGUCGAGAUGUUACCCUUGAUAAAAUCUUGGUCAAGAUUGUUGAAUUGUUAAAUAAAUCUUAAGAAUUUGGUCAAUUAUUGGAAACAUAAUUAAAUCUCCAGACGCUGCAUUCUCUAUUUUAUCUUCACAAACCAUUUCCAGAAUGUUUACAUCUAUAAAAUUUAAGUCAAGUUUGAAACCUGAUUAUUUCAGUUCAAAAACUAGGUCACUAGGUCAAAUCAUAGAUAAAUCAAAUUAGCACAGUAGAGACAACGUUCUAUAACACUUUGCGAGAAUGUUUGCACUCUGUAAUGUAGGUCAUUUUCAAAUUGGGUUACCCGAGUUCUUAAAGUUACAUUAUAAGGCUUAUAAGGUGUGGACAGUGUUGCAUUUUCCAUUACUGCUCAUGAACAGACUCAAUCAAACCGAGUCUGCAAUUUUUACUGUUUGCCUUGUUUUCGGUGCUUCCGAGGGAUCUACUUUUCAGAUUUUUUUUUAAUUUUAUAGAUAUAGCAGCUGUCAAUUUAAAUGUUAUGCAUAAUUAAAUGGUCCUUACACAGAAAUGGACUUUACACAGUUAGGACCAUAAAGGGAGACAAUCUUAGAUGAUUGAUUGAAUGAUAUCUUCUUCGAUAUUAAUUGAUAUUCAAACCUUUGGCAAAUAUAUAAGAAAACCAAUAUUGAAAUAAGGAUUUAUUAAGAAAUAGACAUAUUUGAAGGUCAGAACAAAAAAUGCGGCAGCCAUAUUUUGAACAAAGGAAUUAUGGGCCUUUAAACUGUGUCACUAAGUCAAACAAUGUUUUCUACAUGAACAUAAUAAAUCUUUGUCAGUCUUUGUGUGUGAAAAAUCUAGGUCAGUUUCAAAAACUUGGUUAUUUAUUGUUUUAAACUUGACUUUAGGUCUAGAACUAGAACUUACGCUGUAGAGGAAUUGCAGUGCAUUGUAAGAACCAUAAUUUUGCCUUGCUUCCUUUUUGGAUUAUCUCCCUUUUAGGGUCACCUGGACACACAGUGUUCGGGAUGAGCUCUUGUGAUCGCUCGCCAUCCGUAAGUUGCCGUCCGUCUUAACUUUUCUUCAAAAGACAUAUUCUCUGAGACCAUUUGGCGGAAGUCCAUGAAACUUUACGUUGAUAUGCCGUGUAUAGCCCUUUACCAAAGUUAUUUUAAUGUUGUUCCCUGCAGAACACUUAGUGCCAUUCGACGAUAAUUAAGCUUACAUAUUUUUGAUUUCAUGUUUAGGAACUUGGGUGCUGAAUUAGCGGUGUUUCACCCAUUUUGUAUCAUUGUGCGUGAUUAGGAUUUUUGUGUUUAAGUGUUAAGGUCAAGGUCAUAUCGCACUGACUCAAAGAAUGAAAAUGUUUAUGGAAGUUAUAAAGUGUAACAGCUACUUGCUUUCAGAAUUACAUAAUGAUAUGGUAGAUCUGAGGAAUUUGCCCAUUGAUUUUGGGAUCAGUGACUCGAACAUCAAGGUUGCAGGGACCUGAUAUGAUUUCUGGUAAUUAUUGUGUUUUUGAUCAAAGAAAGAAUAACAGCUUUAGUUUGCUCAUUUUUCUUGAUCACGAGGCAAUUUUCUGUUGUCUGUUGUUUAAAGGUCAGGGUCAUUGUUGAAAGAACCGGCUACCUAGCCACUUCCUAUUGAUAGUUUGUUAAAUAUUGUAUUCCAUAUAGCGACCUAAAUAUUUUGUGCAUGUAUGCACAAUGUCAGUAUUAUAUUGUUUUAUCUGUUCAGGGAUUUAAAAACAUCAAGCAUCAAGAAAAUGUACAGAUUUGUAUUAUUUCUUAAACGACAAAAAAUGCAAGCAUUUUAGAAUUCUGUAUCUGAAUAAAUUUUCAUUAAGUGUGAAACGCUACCUUAAUGAUAUGACUUGUCCUGCUCAUUUAGCAGAGCCUUAAGUUAAAGGUAAAGGUUUAUAGUAUCAAUUUUGUGUCUGCUUUUUUUCUCGUCAAGUCUGUGAUGUUGUACUGUAUAUAAUAUUUCAGCAGAUUAACUUCUCUUUGAAAGUAGUCCAAAAUGUAGUUCGUUGUUGUUUAUAAAAUCUGGUAUAAUGAGUCAUAAGUGACAGGAUGUGACAGUGAUAUUUUUGACUUAGUUUUAUUGCUUAUUGUAUUGAGAAAAUAUCUGGAGCAUUUUCAUUGUGAAUUUCCUCGAGUAAGUUUUAUUCUUUGAGAAAAUGUCUACAUACGCAUAAUUGCUAAACGGCUGUUUUCCUGGGCCAAUUUUAGAGGGUGAUGUUUCGCAGAAUUUUUUUUUCUUGUAUAUAACAUAACAUGUUGAUAUUAUUCUAUUUUUGAUUCUAUAUUCUAUAUUUGUAGUGUCUAUUGCUAUUUAAUGCUGUCGAUGGAGUACAAAGUUACGUGAAAUCAUAUACUAGUAUUAGUAGUGAAAUAUGCGGAUUUGCAUAUGUUUUGAUGUCUUGUACAUAGUUUUGUUAUAUGAUAUGAGUUGAUGUAUGACUUAUGUUAAAGGUCCAUUACUAAGGGAAAGUGAGUUGGCAAUUUUUUUCAUAGCCAGUGCAUAGACUUCUGCAAGACACUAAAUAAUGAAGAUUGGCAGGUCAAAAUUUACAGAAGGUCUUUGGAACUCAAAGAAAUGUAUGUGUAUUAUGUUGAAAUUUCAAUGAAUCGACAGAAUGACCCCCCCAGGUCUUUUUAACUUUCUUCAUACUUCAUAGAAAAAUAAUUGUACAUAUACUGCUAUUUAUUUCGAAUUUCUACAUACCAACUUUCAUUUUCCAAUAAAAUGAAAUAGUUUCUGUGCUUUUUAAAAGAAAUUAAAAUGUUCACUUUCCUUAGUAUUGGACCUUUAAUUGCUUUAUUUACGUUGUAACUGUUUAUACAGUAUUUUUAUGUCUAUAUAAUAUAUGAUGAACAUUUUUAUGGAGAGGAUAUCAUGACAAUUGCAGCAUCAGUAGUUAGAUUAUUGGGUGAGUUGAAUUGAAUGAUGGGAAUGUUAGGGAAAUGAAGAAGUAUAAGCUUUCAAUGAAAGAUACUUAAGUUACUUUACAUAAAAAAAUGUAAAUUUCAUUUUUAUUUUAUUACUGUAUAUAGAUGAAAUUUUGUUUGUUCAAUAAUUGAAUGCCACACGCUUUUUUAAAAAUGGAUUCCAUUGAAAAUGUAGUUGUUGUUGUUGUUGUUGAUGAUGAUGAUGAUGAUGAUGAAAUAUGUAGUCAUAUAUAAAUAUACGUUAAAUAUAGGUUAACUUCUGAUGGAAUGCAUUUUUGUUUUAAGGUAGUUGUGUGCGUUUGGGUAUAUUCAUUUUGAUUAAAAACUUAUUUGUAGACACAUACAAAAAGCAUUGAAUUUCGGCAAAUAGAAAACUUUGGGUCAUGUAUUUAAUCCCCCGCCGUGGCGGAGGGAUUAUAGGAAUGGUCUGCGUCCGUCCGUCCUUCCGUCCGUAACAAAAUCGUAUCCGAUCCAUAUCUCCUAAACCCCUUGAAGGAUUUUCAUGAAACUUGGGUCAAAUGAUCACCUCAUCAAGACGAUAUGCAGAACCAAUAAGUCAGCCUUGUCGGUUCAAGGUCAAGGUCACAACUCAAGGUCAAAGGUUUGAGCCUGCCAUUUUGUGUCCACUCUAUAUCUUCUAAACCCUUUGAAGGAAUUUUAUAAAACUUGGCUCAAAGGAUCACCUCAUCAAGACGAUGUGCAGAACCAUGCCGGCUCAAGGUCAAGGUGAUAACUCAAGGUCAAAGGUUUGAGCCUUUCAUUUUGUGUCCGCUCUAUAUCUCUUAAACCCCUUGAAGGAAUUUUAUAAAACUUGGGUCAAAUCAUCACCUCAUCAAGACGAUGUGCAGAACCCAUGAGUCAGUCAUGCCGGCUCAAGGUCAAGGUCACAACUUAGGGUCAAAGGUUUGAGCCUUCCAUUUUGUGUCCGCUCUAUAUCUCCUAAACCCCUUGAAGGAUUUUCAUCAAACUUGGGUCAAACGAUCACCUCAUCAAGGCGAUGUGCAGAACUUAUGAGUCAGUCAUGUCGGCUCAAGGUCAAGGUCACAACUGAAGGUCAAAUGGUUGAUCCUUCCAUUUCAUGUCCGCUCUAUAUCUCUUAAACCCCUUGAAGGAAUUUUAUAAAACUUGGGUCAAAUGAUUAUCUCAUCAGAACGAUAAGCAGAAAUUAUGAGUCAACCAUGCCAGCUCAAGGUCAAGGUCACAACUAAGGGUCGAAGGUUUGAGCCUUCCAUUUGGUGUCCACUCUGUAUCACCUAAACCCCUUGAAGGAUUUUCAUGAAACUUUGGUCAAAUGAUCACCUCAUCAAGAACUCAUGAGUCAGCCAUGUCAACUCAAUGUCAAUGUCACAACUAGGCAAAGGUUUCAGCUCUGUAUCUCCUAAACCCCUUGAAGGAUUUUCAUGAAACUUGGGUCAAAUGAUCACCUCAUCAAGACGUUGUGCAGAUUUCAUGAGUCAGCCAUGUCAGUUCAAGGUCAAGGUCACAGCUAAAAUCAAAGGUUUACCCUUUCACUAUCCAUUGCAGUGGCGGGGGAUUUAGCUGUCUUUCAGAUUGCCUUGUUUAUUUAAGUACUAAGUGUUCGGGGAGAGGAAUUGUGAUCUUUACUAAUGGUCGUACGUCAUCUGCUCAAAACGUUGUAAUUCAGCAUGAAUCACAUGUUAAUGUUCGAUACCUGAAUCUAUGUGGCUUGACUCAGGCAGCGGUCUGGAUUUCCAAAGGUGCACAACUACCUUAAAUGCCAUAUUGUACACUUAUGCUGUGACUAUAGAUGAUUAUGGUGGGUUUUAUCUGCUAUGAUACAAAUUGCUAUAUAAUAUUGGUAAAUACAAAUCGAAUGCACACGAAUGACAACCUCGACUUUCCAUGUUGUUAGUUCACCUGAGCAAUGCUCAGGUGAGUUUUUCUGAUCACUCGAUGUCCGUCGUCCGUCUGUCGUCUGUCUGUCAACAGUUAGCUUGUGUAUGCAAUAGAGGCUGUAUUUUUCAACUGAUCUUCAUGAAAUUUAGUCAGAAUGAUAACUUUGAUUAAAUCUAGGCCGAGUUUGAAAAUGGGUCAUCUGGGGUAAAAAAUUAGGUCACUAGGUCAAAUAAAAAAACCUUGUGUAUGCGAUAGAGGCUGUAUUUUUCAAUUAAUCGUCAUGAAUUAUGGUCAGAAUGUCUAUCCUGAUGAAAUCUAGGCUGAGUUCGAAAAUGGGUUAUCUGGGGUUAAAAACUAGGUCACUAGAUUAAAUCAAAGAAAAACCUUGAGUAUGCGAUAGAGGCUGUAAUUUUCAAUUAAUCUUCAUGAAAUUUGGUCAGAAUGAUUGCCUUGAUGAAUUCUAGGUCUUGUUCAAAUAUGGGCUAUCUGGGGUCAAAAAAUAGGUCAUUAUGUCAAAUCAAAGGAAAACCUUGUGUAUGCGACAGAGGUUGUUUUUUUUUUUUUCAAUUGAUCUUCCUGAAAGUAAGUCAGAAUGAUUGCCUUGAUGAAAUCUAGGUUGAAUUUGAAUUUGGGUCAUCUGUAGUUAAAAAGUAGGUCACUAGGUUAAAUCAAAGAAAAACCUCGUGUAAAUGAUAGAGGCUGUAUUUUUCAACUGAUCUUCAUGAAAUUUUGUCAGAAUGAUAGCCUUGAUAAAAUCUAGGUCAAGUUCGAAUAUGAGUCAUCUGGGAUCAAAAACAAGGUCACUAGGUCAAAUCAAGGAAAAUACUUGUUUUUUUGCGCCAAUUUUAAUGAUAAUUGGUCAGAACAUUUUUUUCCAUGAAAUCACUAGAUCAAACAUGUUUUCACUGUUAUGGUGUAUUAUGGUGUGUUUCUCAGGUGAGCGACCUAGGGCCAUCUUGACCCUCUUGUUAACUUGAAUGUUGCAACUUAAAAAAAAAAGUUUGCAUAUUUUCAAAUGCCUGUUUAUUAUUCCCGUUUAUGAUAAUUGCUAAUAAUAAUCACAGACGGACUCAGUCAGGUGAGAGUAAUUAAAAAUAAGGUGUAUUUUCACGUUCUUUCGCGGAAGAUAUUGCGCUCCUAAAGUCGCGCAAUAUUACCGCUGCAGAACUUGUGCAUAUAUCCAGUACAAAGUUGAUAACCUAUAAAUAUUAUGUACCUUCGAUGUUUAUGUUUUCCAUGUUCAAAUAGAUUUACUUUUCCUUCAUCACAAAAUAUUCCUUUAUUAAAAAUGUUAAAUGGACACAACUUAACGCUACUGCAUAAAAUAUUGUCAAUACAUCUAUUUUUUUUCUUGAGAAAUAAAUACAUUUACCUUCAUUCCAAAGCGUUUGAACUUAAUACCUAUUUUGAAAAUUUAGGUAAUAUCUCUUCAUUGUAGAUGUCAGAUAUUGCAACAUUCAAUUUAACCAGAUAAAAGUUGGAAGUUUCUAUUCAGGGUCAGGAAAUUGUAAUCACCAGUCUCCAAUGACUGUGUAUUUUAGCAAUUUAUAUUAUGGCGGAUACUACCUUCCAUAGCAGAUACAUUCUUCUGAUUAUUGAGUACUAAGUUAUAUGAUCCAUGCAUGUGUAUGUUUAUAAGUACUUGUAAAUAGUUUUGUUCUACAUUUGUAUAUAUAUGUAAAGGAGUUUAUGUUGAAUUGGUGUCAUAUGCCUAUUACACUAUUUCCAUGCAAAAUGUUAUCACAACAUUUAUCUGAUGUCUACAUUUAUGAUGAACAUAUUCAAAUAGAGGAUAUCAAAUCAGCGCGGGUUCAAUACUGAAGUUUUUGAACGAGUUGAAUUCUCAGCUAAUAGAUAAUGCCAUUUUUCAUACACUUAAUGAAUAUACAUUAUCUUUAUCAUGACAAAUCAUUUCUUUUCCUUUUUUGCCGACCGUGUAUGAACACAAUUUCAAUGUUUCAGAUCAUAAGCAUGAUAUAUGCACGGCUGUGCUGUAUCAGUUUUGUGAUAAUAUUUCAUGAAAUGUAUAAUGCUUUAAUGUACACAAUGAGUUUUGAUUUCUGUCACAUUGUGAUGUGCUUACAUAUAUAUUGUUGCUUUUUUAUGACUAUUUUUAUGCAUGAAAGGUUCUAUGUCAUAAAAAACCUAAUAUUUUGCCAAAUUAUAUAUCAAAAUUUUGUAAGUUAUUUUUUCCAAGUCUAUCGAAUUAUAAACGGAAAUAAUAAAGAUGAUAUUGA